AUGGAUCACCCGUAUCUCCAGGACGAAGUUCUUCGUCAGAGUCUGCAAAACCCAGACGAAUUCUGGUCACGCCAGGCCGAGCGCCUUCACUGGCAUAGAAAACCUGACACGGCACUCCGGACAACCCAGAAGAGUCUGCCAGAUGGCACCGCGCACCCGAUGUGGGAAUGGUUCCCCGGCGGAGAAAUCUCGACGUGCUACAAUUGCGUAGACAGGCACGUCGCGGCAGGAAACGGACAUGAAUCGGCCAUCUACUACAACAGCCCGGUCACGAAUACAAAGGAGACCAUCACGUAUCACACCCUCCUCAGGGAGGUCGAGACGCUGGCCGGGGUCCUGAGAGAGACAGGGGUCAAGAAGGGUGAUGUGGUCAUGUUGUACAUGCCCAUGAUCCCGGCUGCGCUGAUUGGCAUGCUUGCCGUCAAUCGUCUGGGAGCUGUUCACUCGGUCGUGUUCGGCGGCUUUGCGCCCAACGCUCUCGCCCAGCGAGUCGAGGCGUGCAAACCGGAUGUGCUGCUCACUGCAUCGUGCGGGAUCGUGGGGAAUAGGCCCCCGAUUGCGUACCAAGCACUUGUCGAAGAAGCAAUCAAGCUUUCCUAUCACAAGCCUGCACACACAAUAGUCUGGCAGCGCGACCAAUUACAGUGGGACUUCCAGGAGUCUGCACCGACGUGGUGGAGGACCGUAUGGCAGUGGAUACAACGCGUCCUCUUCCGUCGCAGGAUAAGAACUGCCAAACAAUCAUCGUGGCAGCAACUCGUGGCCAGCGCCAGGGCACGGGGACUCAAAGCCGACUGCGUGCCCGUGCCGAGCGAUCAACCGAUCUAUAUCAUGCAUACCUCGGGCACGACGGGAGCGCCCAAGGGAGUCCUGCGCAGUUCAGGUGGUCACGCGGUUGGCCUACAAUUCACCAUCCAGUACAUCUUCAACAUCCACGGCCCGAGAGACGUCAUGUUCGCGGCGUCGGAUAUCGGGUGGGUUGUCGGUCACUCUUAUAUCCUCUAUGCGCCGUUGCUGGCGGGGGCGGCCACCGUUUUGUACGAAGGCAAGCCGGUAGGAACGCCGGAUGCGUCUGCGUUUUGGAAAGUGGUGGAGGAAUACCAGGUGAACACCAUGUUCGCGACGCCAACAGCGCUGAGGGCGAUCAAGCAAGAGGACCCGAGUAAUACCAAGCUGGCCGAGAUUGGAGCGCGGGGGGGCUUGCGAUCCCUGCAAGCACUGUUCCUCGCUGGCGAACGGUCAGAGCCAACCUUGGUCUCCAUGUACCAGGAGCUACUGGAUCAGCACGGCGGAAGGAAUGCUCAGGUCAUCGAUAACUGGUGGUCAACCGAGGCCGGGUCCCCCAUCACCGGCCGCGCGAUGGCGCCUCAUUUCGGGUUAACAACCGAGCUGUCACGGAGCUUCGACAUUCCCAUUCCUCCAAUCAAGCCAGGAAGUGCGGGAAAGCCCAUGCCAGGAUUCGAUGUUCGGGUCGUGGACGAGCACGGCGAAGAGGUACCCAAAGGGUCGAUGGGUAAUAUUGUGCUUGCCCUGCCUCUUGGGCCGACAGCUUUCAACACGCUAUGGUUAGAGGAGGAGAGAUUCUACAAAAGCUACUUGCAGAGGUUUGACUCCAGGUUCCUUGAUACUGGAGACGCGGGAUGGGUUGAUCCCGAUGGCUACGUGCAUGUCAUGAGCCGGAACGACGAUGUCCUGAAUGUCAGCGCGUAUCGGCUGUCCAGUGGCGCAAUUGAAGAAGCCAUCUCGUCACAUCCCCAGGUUGCAGAAGCUUGUGUAGUCGCUAUCCCAGACCAGCUGAAGGGUCAACUGCCCUUCGCGUUCAUCUCCCUGUCCGUGGCAGAUCACCCGGACUCCGCCAUACCAGCCCCGACUAUCGCGGCAGAGGUUCAGUCACUGGUACGGAGUCGUGUUGGAGCAUUCGCUUCUCUGGGAGGUAUAGUACAGGGCAAAGGCAUGAUCCCGAAGACGAGAUCUGGCAAGACAUUACGGCGUGUGCUUCGAGAGCUGCUGGAGAAUGGGGUUUACGGGGAUUUGGAUCGGAGUGUUGAGGUCCCCAGUACGAUCGAGGAUGCGACGGCUGUGCAAGUCGCGAGAGCCCAGGUUCGGGAGUACUUUAACAGGAACAAGGGUAAGCACAAGGCGAUUGAAGCAAGGGAGACGGCAUGA